GUGUUAUUCCCAAAGCCGAUACUUCCUUUUCAAGUCUUUUCUCUCUCUCAUAAGAAUCUUCCCUCUGCCUUCGUCUCUCUCUCUCUAGAAGUUCAUCUUCUGGUUCGUUCUUCUCUGCGCGAUUGGCGCGUCGACGAAUAAGAGCGAACCCUAGGCAGCACAGCGAGGAGGUGUUCGGUGGAAGCUCAGAUCAGCCAUGGAAGCCGCAAGCCGCACUCCUCUGCGGUUCCUCUUCUCCGUUUCCGUAACCCUAACCCUCUUCAACCUCGCCGCCGCAAAUUCCGAAGGCGACGCGCUCUACACGCUCAAACGGAGCCUCUCCGACCCCGACAACGUCCUCCAGAGCUGGGAUCCUACGCUCGUCAGUCCCUGUACUUGGUUCCACGUCACCUGCAACCAGGACAACCGAGUCACUCGAGUGGAUCUUGGUAACUCUAAUCUGUCUGGACAUUUGGUACCUGAACUUGGGAAGCUGGAGCAUCUACAGUAUCUUGAGUUGUACAAAAACAACAUUCAAGGAACUAUUCCUCAAGAACUUGGAAACCUGAAGAGUCUAGUUAGCUUGGACUUGUACAACAAUAACAUAUCAGGCACCAUCCCACCUUCGUUGGGGAAAUUGAAGAAUCUUGUCUUUUUACGACUUAAUGACAACAGACUAACUGGUCCAAUCCCCAAGGAACUUGCCGCUGUUUCAAGCCUUAAAGUAGUGGAUGUCUCCAACAAUAACUUAUGUGGCACAAUUCCUACAUCUGGGCCAUUUGAGCAUAUUCCAUUGAAUAACUUUGAGAAUAACCCCCGUUUGGAAGGUCCAGAGUUGUUGGGACUUGUAAGUUAUGACACAAACUGCUCGUGAAUACGUGAUGCGGUAGGAUCUCAAUCUACGUUGAACUAUGUGUAUUCUAAAAUUGAAGUGUAUUACCUCAUAGUGUAAUGGGCAGUGGUAAAUGUAAUAUCUGGUAUAUGUAAAUUUACAUACUUGAGAGCAUUGGCAUUUGUAACAGUAUUAUGAUCUGACAGUGAUGUUGAGACUUGAAUAUCUAUUGAUGUAAUACUAGAAAAAAAAACUUGGUCACUGAUAAAAUAUUUGUGACGCAUUGCUCUCCA